AGCUCUGAACAUCAUGCCCUCAUUUUUGUCUCUGCUCUGUAUUUUUCUCAUCCUUUUCUCCUUCAACACUACAACACUCGAAGCAGCGCAAGAAAACAAGUCCGAGAUUGAUCGCCAAGCCCUCCUCUGCUUCAAGUCCGGCAUCAAUUCUUAUCCCCUUGGCAUCCUAAAUUCAUGGAGUGAUGACUCACUUAACUUUUGCAGCUGGAAAGGGGUCAUUUGCGGCACAAAGUUUCCACCCCGGGUGGUCUCACUUAACCUCACCUCCGCUCGUCUCGGUGGGCAAAUAUCAGGAUGUGUAGGCAACUUGACUUUUCUAUCCUCGAUGAACCUUGCCGAUAAUGAUCUAUCGGGAACCAUCCCUAGAGAGUUGGGCAAGCUUCCAAACCUCCAUACACUGAAUCUUUCCAACAGCAACCUUGAAGGUAACAUCCCUGAUUCAUUAGGCACUAGCAAUUCACUUAGCUAUGUCAAUAUUGGAAACAACACUCUUACAGGCGGUAUCCCUCUCUCAUUGACCAAUUGCUCCUCACUCAACACACUUAUACUGUCACGUAAUAACCUCUCUGGAGAGAUCCCUUCUACUAUGUUUGAUAACUUAUCUAAGCUUCCUAAGGUUGAUCUCCAGAAGAAUGCUUUCACCGGUCUCAUCCCACGUUUCCAUAAGGUCACAGCACUCAAAUUUCUUUGCCUGACAGAGAACUUCCUCUCUGGAAGCAUACCUCCUUCAAUAGGAAAUGCUUCUUCCCUCACUUCUAUAUUGCUCGGCCAAAAUAUGCUAUCAGGAUUAAUUCCAGAAACUAUAGGUCACACUACGAAACUGCUUGAGCUUGACCUAAGUUUCAACAGUUUAUCAGGUAACGUCCCGGUUUCCCUGUAUAACAUGUCAUCACUCAAAAAAUUUAGUGUGGGCAGCAAUGACCUUGUUGGACAGUUACCAUUUUACAUUGGCCACUCACUACCAAAGCUCCAGUCCCUAAUUAUGGGAAGCAACAGGCUGGAGGGCCUGAUCCCUACUUCACUAGUCAACAUGUUAAAUCUUCAAAUACUUGAUCUUUCAAACAACUCGUUACAUGGCUCUGUGCCAUCUCUUGGUUCGUUGGCAAACUUGCGUCAGUUAGUUUUAGGGGGGAACUUGCUAGAAGCACAUGACUGGUCAUUUCUUACAUCUCUAGCAAGUUGCACCCAGCUGACAAAAUUGUCCUUGGAAGGGAAUGCUCUGAAUGGCAGCUUACCUAUAGCAGUUGUUAAUCUUUCCACAACGCUAGAAGAGUUAUCGCUUGCAUCAAACCAAAUUUCGGGCUCCAUACCUGUUGAGAUUAGCAAUCUUGUUAAUCUCACUUCGCUUAGGAUGGAAAGCAAUUUUCUUUCGGGAAGCAUACCAUCUACCAUUGGGAAGCUGCAAUACCUAUAUAUCCUAAGUCUAUCUAACAACAAAUUAUCAGGUCAGAUCCCUCCCUCAGUUGGUGACAUCACUCAACUGGGCAAGCUUUAUCUUGAUGAUAACAACUUGAGUGGAAACAUACCUGGUAGUUUAGGUCAGUGCAAGGGACUUCUUGAACUAAACUUGUCUUGGAACAAUCUCAAUGGGUCAGUACCUGCCAAAAUGUUUGAUAAUCCUCCAUUUUCCUUCGGUCUAGACUUCUCACACAACAAUCUCACUGGGGAACUGCCUCUUGGUACACAUGGUGCUGGCGAUGGUCCAACAUCCCUUCACAUGGAAGGAAACAAGUUUCGUGGACAAAUCCCAGCAAGCUGGAGCUCACUAUUAUCAACCCAGCAGAUUAAUCUUUCUCACAAUGACUUAUCCGGUGUUGUGCCUGAAUUCUUUGAGGACCUUUCUAAGUUGGAGCAACUUGAUCUAUCUUACAACAAAUUGGAAGGGGCUGUUCCUACAAGUGGGAUCUUCGAGAAUUCUGCCGCAGUAGUUUUGGAUGGAAACAAGGGACUCUGUUCGAAUUCCUCGAGGCUAGCAUUACCAAUUUGUCCUGGCAUCUCAGCAGCAACUAAAACAAAGCACCAUAAGUCCAAGCACCAUCUGUCCUUGCUGGCGACCUUGCUGCUAAUUGUACUACCACCACUUACUAUUUCUUUCCUAGUAUUGCUGUGGCUUCUGUUCACUCUUUGGGAUAGAGGGGUAUUAUUCACUCAUUGCAAGAAUGUGAUUUUAUCAUUUUCACCAUCGGAUGUUUUGUCCAAGAUUUUUCGCCUUUUUGGCCAUCUCAAGCGAAGGGAAGUGCAUACAGUUUCGUCCCAUGAGGAGAAGCUGAAAAGAGUAUCAUAUCGUGACAUCCUUGAAGCUACUGAUUGGUUUUCGUCGGAACACAAAAUAAGCUCAAGUUGUACUGGAUCGGUCUAUGUUGGGAGGUUCAAGUUUGAAAAUGAUCUGGUGGCUAUCAAAGUAUUCAACCUGAAUGAACCAGGCGCUAAUGAAAGUUUCUUUACUGAGUGUCAAGUGCUACGGAGCACACGCCAUCGAAACAUUCUGAAGUGUGUGACUUCAUGCUCGACGACGGACACAGAAAGAAAUGAGUUCAAAGCACUAGUCUAUCAGUUCAUGGCUAAUGGCAGCCUUGAAAGAUGGCUUCACCCUAAGCAACACAAUGGCACACCAAAUAGAACCCUAAGCUUACGGCUGAGGAUAUGCAUAGCCGUGGAUGUGGCCUCUGCUCUCGAUUAUCUUCACAACGAACUGAGGCCGUCUUUGAUGCAUUGUGAUUUGAAGCCAAGCAACAUUCUUUUAGAUUAUGAUAUGACUGCACGUAUUGGCGACUUCGGUUCAUCAAAGUUUCUGUCGCCAGUUUUGGGUAGUCUGGAACACUUGAUCAGUUUCCGAGGAACAAUUGGAUACAUGGCACCUGAGUACGGAAUGGUUUGCCAGAUCUCAGCAGGUGAUGUCUAUAGUUUUGGAGUGAUUCUACUGGAGUUGCUUACCGGAAAACGACCAACCGAUGAUAUGUUCGUGGAUGGGCUUAGCCUUUGUAAGUUUUGUGAAUCCAUGUUCCCAGACAGAGUUGCAGAGAUUCUAGAUCCUCAUAUGGCGCAUGAGGAGCAUCAAGGGCGUGCUGAAGUAUGGACACAGAGAUUUAUUGUCCCCCUGGUUGCUCUUGGGCUGUCAUGUACCGUGGAAUCUCCGAAGGACAGACCUGGAAUGAAAGAUGUUUGUGCAAAACUUUCUGCUAUAAGAGACGCUUUUCUGGAACACCGUGAUGACGAUUGACGAAUAUUUCUGCUCUGUUAGAGCACGCUGAUUCUUUAUUAUUAAGAAUGUAGUAACAGGUAAAGUUCAUUCUUCAUAGUACCCUGUCUAUUUGACAAACUGGAAGAAACUUUGAGGCUUGAGCACAAAGAUAUGAUUUGCAGUGGCAAUAAUUGGCUACAAAAAGAAUCGACUGUUCUUUGUUGUAUAUUUGUUGAAUUAUUUUUAUUUUGACCUUGAGCUGUGUGUAUGGCGAAAUUAUUGUACUAGUUAAUUUUGUAAAGGGUACUGUAUAUAUGAAUGUGUUUUCCUCCCAUAAAAUCUUAUGCCCAGCUUACUAAAGCAAAGCAUUAUUUUUCGGUCAACUUUUGGUCCAUGAAAAAAUGAGACAAAGUUGACACUCAAUUUUCAAAACCAGAUCAAUUCGGCCCCUUGCCUAUACCUGCCUCAAAGAGGUUUGAUUGAUGAAGUGUUGCUGUGUUACUUAUGAAACCGAAAGCUAUAAAAAAGAGAGAAAAUAGAUAUUAUGGGAAAACAGGAAAUGUAUUUUGAAAAGGGGACAUCAAUUUUCAAAAAUCAUGAAAGAUUGCAAAAAAUGUGAUAAAAUAUUUGAAAAACUGGAAAGAAAGGGAAACAAAGAGAGGACGGACCGAAAAGAAACAAAUAUAAGAUCUUUUACUAAAUUCUUUCUGAGUUGAAUGUAUAUAGGCACGUUUUAGUGAGGUUGUGAAAAGGAGGGAGUAGAAGAUAAAAUAAAGAGUCAACAUGAUGGUAUUUAUUCUUGUUUUAAUUUUUUUUUGCUUUUCUUUUAUAAUAUUUUUUGUAAAUAUAAACAGGAGUAAGUUUGAUAUCUAAAAAAAUGACCACUUUACCCCUGCCUUCUUAAAAACAAGUCCUCCCUCUCUACAGAACUGAGAGAAAAAUUGCUGUCCGACAACUUCUGAUAAAAUUAUACGGUCAUUCCGUAAAACCAUUUUUACUGGAAUUGCUUUAAGCCUGAUGUCUACGAAAAUGACCACUUUACCCUUCUUCCUCCCAAAUCCUAUCCUCUCCUCUGUCGCCGGUCACCGGCUCCGGCAGCCCGCUCGGCGCUCGGGGAUGAGAAGCAGCCGCGCAAAGGAGAAACUCCCAUCGCUCCUCCCCACGCCAAACCGAUGGUUCUUGACGGCGCGAGCGCCACCCGCAAUCGCCCGCCGCCCCACCGGCACCGCGUGCCUCCCGCCGCGCGGAAGGCGCAGGCGAGGAGGAGGUGACAGGGCCGGCCGAGGUUGCACCCCGGCAGAUGCAAUGUGAGGAGCAGCGUCUUGGGUCCCGGCCGGCCGGACAUCGGCAUCCACACGCCCAAGGGCCACAUCCUCGGCAUGUUCCCCUACCCCAGGUAUACUGUACCUUGCAUCUGUCAUUCUCUCCACACGAAAUUUGUGGCCGAAUUCGUUCGAGUUGACUGCGAUUCUGCAUACUGCAGCGGUGGCUACGUGAUACUGUAAUUCGUGAUUGUCCUUGUUACUGUUAGGAUGCUGGGAGAUGGUGCACACAAUUCGUUGGCAGCGUUAUGGAUUUGAGAUGAAGAAGAAGAAGGGGGAGAGGCAAUGCCUGCCGCACCUUACAAUUCAAUCAGAAUACGGGAUGGGAUGCAAAGUCUCGACAGGCGGCGAUGUGUACAGCUUCGGAGUGCUGCUACUGGAGAUGCUCACGCGAUGCGACCUACGGAUGCACAAUGCAGCAACGCCCUCAGCCUGCACAAGUAUGUCGAUCGAGCCUUCCCCGAGAGGAUCGCAGAGAUUCUAGAUCCCCUUAUGCCACCCAAGGAGGACCAGGCGUCUGCUUCUCUGCGUAUGCAAAACUACAUUAUACCUUUGGUCAGUAUUGGCCUGAUGUGUACCAUGGAUUCGCCGCAAGAUAGACCAGGUAUGCAUGAUGUCUGUGCCAGAGUUGUUGCCGUCAAAGAGGCAUUUGUCGAGACCUUGUUGUGAUUACAGCAACUAGUCAUAUAUACACUAUUACAGUAGCUGUAUCACUUGUAGAAUAAUUCCAACAUUUUUUUUGCAUGUAUCUGGUAAAUAUGAACCAUUAUGCUAUGUGCCCGCCAAAAUAAGCGGGGUAAAUAUUUGUCUUUU